AUGGCUCGCUCACCUCUUUCCGUUCGUAUGCUUCACACUUCUCUCCCUCAUCGUCGACCUGCUCCAGGCUCUGGUCCUUCAGCCCGAGAUUCUAUUGCUUCAGCAUUAGCGUCCGCAUCUUCAUCUUCUUCAUCUUCAUCUCCGAUCGAUUCGGUCAGAUCAAUGUUCGAUUCUCUUACUAGCAGAGUCAGAUCUGAGGCUGAUGAGAAGAGACGAGUGUUUCGAGCCAACUCUUACACACCUCCUCAUGCAUUAACACAAUCAUCUCUUUAUCCCGAACCAAGACCAUUCGCUCGCGCGCCUCUAUUAGGUCCACCAAGGAAAGUAGCUACCAAAAUCGAUCCUUUCCAUAUCGCUUCGACAUCACCAUUGGAACACGAUCUCAAUCCUCUAUUCCCUUUGGCAUUCGUAAACCCCAUGGGUAAAAUCAAAUCUCGAGCUGAUACUGGGUUGACCUGGAAAUCACAAAGGAAGAUUGGGAAGUUGGUGAGGAGAGCAAGAGGAAUGGGUUUGAUCAGUAGAUGGACGAAUCAACCUGUUCCCGGCGGAUUGGGUACUGGUAUGGGUAGAAUUGGUGGCAGGUAUUAG